CCGCCCAUUUCCUGGAAGAGGCGCAGUCACACGGCUUGGCAUGUGUGUGCCUGUGUGUGAACACAUACAAAGGGCUGGACUGGAGACUGAUCCGCAGACUUCCGAAAACCCGAGCUCCAGGCUUGUCUCCUCGUGCAGUCCUGGAGCUCUGACGGUCCUCUUCCUUCGGACGAUGGAUGAGCAGUCGCAAGGCCUGCAGGGGCCGCCUGUCCCCCAGUUCCAGCCCCAGAAGGCCUUGCGGCCGGAUAUGGGCUACAACACACUGGCCAACUUUCGGAUAGAGAAGAAGAUCGGCCGCGGGCAGUUCAGUGAGGUGUACAGGGCGGCCUGCCUGCUGGACGGCGUCCCGGUGGCUCUGAAGAAGGUGCAGAUAUUCGACUUAAUGGACGCCAAAGCCCGUGCCGACUGCAUCAAAGAAAUAGACCUGCUCAAGCAACUCAACCAUCCGAACGUGAUUAAAUAUUAUGCGUCAUUCAUUGAAGAUAACGAACUCAACAUAGUUUUGGAGUUAGCCGAUGCUGGUGACCUAUCCAGGAUGAUAAAGCACUUUAAGAAGCAGAAGCGGCUGAUCCCGGAGAGGACGGUGUGGAAGUACUUCGUGCAGCUGUGCAGCGCCCUGGAGCACAUGCAUUCCCGCCGCGUCAUGCACCGAGAUAUCAAACCGGCCAACGUGUUCAUCACGGCCACGGGCGUGGUCAAGCUCGGGGACCUGGGCCUCGGCCGCUUCUUCAGCUCCAAGACCACGGCGGCGCACUCCUUAGUGGGCACCCCUUACUACAUGUCUCCCGAGAGAAUACACGAAAACGGCUACAACUUCAAGUCGGACAUCUGGUCCCUGGGCUGCCUGCUGUACGAGAUGGCCGCCCUGCAGAGCCCCUUCUAUGGCGACAAGAUGAACCUGUACUCGCUGUGCAAGAAGAUCGAGCAGUGCGACUACCCGCCGCUGCCUUCCGACCACUACUCGGAGGAGCUCCGGCAGCUGGUGAACAUGUGCAUCAACCCCGACCCCGAGAAGCGGCCGGACAUCGCCUACGUGUAUGAUGUGGCCAAGCGGAUGCACGCGUGCACCGCGAGCAGCUGAGCCGGGCGUGGACCGCCCAGCGCCCCGGAGCCUCUCCUGCAGCUCAGACCCCGGCGUCGGUCUGGGGGCGAGACGACUCCUCAGAGCUCGGCGCUUGGAACCCUUCCCCGUUUUCAGAUCAGCUUCCUUGUCCCCAUGUCAGUCGCCUUCCUGCAAACCCAGUGACGUGGGAGUAAUCGGAUUGCACGUUGGGAGCGUGAGCGGCACAGGAUGGUUCUCGGGCUGAAGAUGGGAGACUCAGCGAGGUUUCUCCUGACGACUCGUGUGGGGACCGACUCUCAGUGCCAAACGCGGGCGCCGCGGGCCCUCGUCCGGGGAGACGCCGCCGGAGCGGGCGCCUGGGGCCACGGGCCUCCCAGCUGCGGACACAACAUGAGACCACUGUGGACUCUGGUGGUCGUUUUCUCUUUCAAGGUUGGACUAUGUGCUUUAGUUCUUAGCAUUGUAGCUGUUGCAAUGUAAUUCUUAAGAGAGAUGUCACUAUUGGAGAAACAUUGAGACUUCUUCACAUUCAAAAUGCAGCUCUGAAAUGUGAAACCAUUUGGGGACAGGAUGUGAGUCAGACACUGAAGAGUUUCCCGCCUUGUUUUGUCUUGUUUUCCCACCUUUGACGUCCUCUCCGCAUUAAAACGUAUUCAUGACCCCGUUUAAAA